AUUACAAAAGACAGAAACAACAGUUAAACACUUCCCACGGGCUCAAACUUCUGCAUCCAGAUCACCUUCCCGCCGCCACCGCCGCAAAAAAGCCACCUAACUCCGCUACUAUCAUGUCCAUCAGCGCCGCCAUCGUCUCAUCCCCACUCACAAAUAUCCGAUCAAUCUCCACCACCACUUCCACCUCACCAUCCUCUUUCUCCCUCAUCAAUCAAUUCAAAUUAAACACCCCCAAAUUCCAAUCCAUCUCUCUAAUCCGAAACCCUAAUUUCAAACUAUCAGUUGGCGCAAUGAGUGUGACAUCUGAAAACUUCUCUCAGACGGCAUUCCUUGAUCGUAGAGAAUCUGGCGUUCUUCAUUUUGUUAAGUAUCAUGGCCUCGGUAACGACUUCAUUAUGGUUAAUAAUUUGGAUUCAUUGGAGCCAAAAGUGACACCAGAGCAAGCGGUUAAGUUAUGUGAUAGGAACUUCGGGAUUGGAGCAGAUGGAGUGAUCUUUGCAAUGCCUGGAUUGAAUGGAACCGAUUAUACCAUGAGGAUUUUUAAUUCUGAUGGUAGCGAGCCUGAGAUGUGUGGUAACGGAGUUCGUUGCUUUGCUAAAUUUAUUACAGAUCUCAAUAACUUGAAUGGAAGACAAAGUUUUACUGUACACACUGGUGCUGGAUUGAUCAUACCUGAGAUACAAGAGGAUGGGAAGGUUAAAGUUGACAUGGGUGAGCCAGUGUUGAAAGCAUCAGAUGUUCCCACUAAAAUACCACCAAAUACAGAUCAAUCUGUUGUGAAAGCCAAGAUUGGAGUAGACGGAGUAAACUGGAACGUCACAUGUGUCAGUAUGGGAAAUCCUCACUGUGUCACGUUUGGUACUGAAGAAAACGAGAACUUGGUGGUUGAUGAAUUGAAUUUGGCUGAUAUUGGUCCGAAAUUUGAGCAUCAUGCAGUAUUCCCUGCUCGAACUAACACAGAAUUUGUGCAAGUGUUUUCUCGCUCACAUUUGAAGAUGCGUGUUUGGGAGCGUGGUGCUGGAGCUACUUUGGCUUGUGGAACUGGAGCCUGUGCAGUAGUUGUUGCUGCAAUCCUUGAGGGCCGUUCUGAGAGGAAUUGUACCGUUGAUUUACCUGGAGGGCCAUUGGAGAUAGAAUGGAGGGAAGACGACAACCAUAUCUACAUGACAGGUCCUGCUGAAGUAGUAUUUUAUGGAUCUGUUCAGCUCUAGGAUUCAUAACAAUUGCAAAGUGAUUUCGAUAUUUAUCGAAAAGGUUUUGUAGUGUGAUCAUUUGAUCUAUUGUCACUUGUAAUGCUCUCAUUUUUAAAGAUUUGUUGUGUUGUAACAUUACCAACCGUAACAUCUUUGAUCUUUCUACGAAGUGGAAUUCCAAAGACUUCAUGCUGAGAAAA